AUGCGCUUUGGAUCUCCGCCUAUGUCUGUCCAAAGAUCCAGGCUGUACACAAGAACACUCGUUCUUGUAUUAGUGACAGUAAGAUUACUAGUAUAUCUACGCCCCGCGAACCUAUUCUCAGAAGCUCGGUGUAAUGCCUUCAAUUUCAGGUCUGGGAAUUGUCGUUCUGAGUCGUCCGUCGCAUCCCACGGCGAGAUAGAAAAUGCUUUGUUGAAGCAAACACCGAACCCGCCGCCAUACCACUCUUUACGCGUGAACGCUACAUUUGUCACCCUUGCGCGGAACAGCGAUGUCUGGAGCAUAGCCAAGUCGAUACGACAAGUUGAAGAUCGUUUCAAUAGAAAGUACGGAUAUGAUUGGGUGUUCUUGAACGAGAAGCCCUUCGAUGCGACCUUUAAAAGAGUCACCAGCGCCCUUGUAUCCGGCAAAACUUAUUACGGCCUGAUCCCGCCAGAGAACUGGUCCUUUCCUGAUUGGAUUGACCAGGAUAAAGCGAAGAAAGUCCGGGAGGAUAUGGCCGAGAGGAAAAUCAUCUACGGAGACUCUGUGAGCUACCGUCAUAUGUGCAGGUUUGAAUCAGGCUUCUUUUUCCGACAACCUCUCAUGAUGAACUAUGAUUACUACUGGCGGGUAGAACCAGACAUUCAACUCUAUUGCGAUGUUGAUUACGACCCUUUCAGAUUCAUGAUGGAAACCAAGAAGAAGUACAGCUUUGUGUUGAGUCUUCCUGAGUAUAUCGAGACGAUUCCACCUUUGGGACACUACGAAGCAAUUCUUCGAGAGCAAUCCUGGCCAUCUAAGCCCACACAACUCCAUGGACUUUUUGAGUGA